CGGGGACACCAUCUCCCAGAGCGCCCCGCGCCGGCCUGGCGCACACCUGCCACCGCCCCCCGGCUCGGAAUUCUCGGGUCUGUUUCCCGUCGGGGGCUGCGGGACUCUCUCCGACGGCUUCCUGGCGGCCGCGGCAGCGCGAUGGACAGCCCGGAGGUCACCUUCACGCUGGCCUACCUGGUGUUCGCCGUGUGCUUCGUGUUCACGCCCACCGAGUUCCACUCGGCCGGGCUCACGGUGCAGAACCUGCUGUCGGGCUGGCUGGGCAGCGAGGACGCCGCCUUUGUGCCCUACCACCUGCGCCGCACGUCCGCCACGCUGCUGUGCCACUCGCUGCUGCCGCUCGGCUACUACGUGGGCAUGUGCUUUGCAGCUUCAGAAAAGCAGCUCUACUCCCUCGGCCAGGCCCCAGAGGCCUGGCGGCUCUUCCUCCUGCUGGCAGUGACUCUGCCCACCAUCGCCAGUACGCUGAUCUACUACUGGUCCUGUGAUCAGUGGGCCCGCCACCCGCUGGCCCGCACCCUGGCCCUCUACGCCCUCCCGCAGUCAGGCUGGCGGGCUGUGGCCUCCUCAGUCAACACUGAGUUCCGGCGGAUCGAUAAGUUUGCCACGGGGGCACCAGGGGCUCGUGUGAUCGUGACAGACACGUGGGUGAUGAAGGUAACCACAUACCGUGUGCACGCGGCUCGGCAGCAGGAUGUGCACCUGACCGUGACGGGGUCACGGCAGCACGCGCUCUCAGCGGACUCCAGCCUGCCUGUGCAGCUCCUCACCAUUCACGUGGCCAGUGCCAGCCCUGGCGUGCGGGCCUUCGACAUCCGGCUGAACUCCACGGAGUAUGGUGAGCUGUGUGAGAAACUCCGCGCACCCAUCCGCAGUGCGGCCAACGUGGUCAUCCAUCAGAGCCUGGGCGACCUGUUCCUGGAGACGUUUGCUUCCCUGGUGGAGGUCAACCCAACCUACUCGGUCCCUAGCAGCCAGGAGCUGGAGGCAUGCAUUGGUUGCAUGCAGACCCGUGCCAGUGUGAAGCUGGUGAAGACCUGCCAAGAGGCAGCUGAGGGCGAGUGCCAGCGGUGCUACUGUCGCCCCAUGUGGUGUCUCACCUGCAUGGGCAAGUGGUUCGCCAGCCGCCAGGACCCCCAGCGCCCUGACACCUGGCUCGCCAGCCGCGUGCCCUGCCCCACCUGCCGUGCUCGCUUCUGCAUCCUGGAUGUGUGUGCCGUGCGCUGAGCCUGCUGGCUGGAGCAAGGGAGUGGCCUUGGGGGUCCCAGCGAGCCCUGCUAGGGACCCCACAGCCGCCAGGAGGAGCAGCCAGGGCUCCAGGCCCUCAUUUGUGUCGUCAGCCAGGGGUUCUUUCCCCAGCAUGAUGGAGGACGAGGGUUUUUGUUUAAAAAGGAAGUUUUCUUCUGCAGCAGUGUCACUGGGAUGGGACUUCAGCGCCUCCGCUUCCUUUGCUUCUUGUUUCUCCAGGUGGGGGUAGGUGCUGGACUUGGAACACGGUAUGGGGUGGGGCCCGUUUCCAGAGCAUUGUGAGGCUGCCUGGGCUGUCUUCUGGAGACCAGGGAUCUGCCCCCAUGGCCCUACCCUGAACCACUUGCCUUAAUUUUGUGUAACACACCUGCCUUUCGGUUACAUGCCAGACCCAGGUUCAUCCAAAGUGGUUGCAGUCUGUCCUCCAGGCUCCUGUCUCCAAGCUGGCUGCUGGCUCUGUGCUGUUGUGUCCCCUUUGCAUCCCACCAGGCGGCUCUGAGGGUCUGGGGGAGAGUCUGGCGGUGCAGAGAGAGACUGGGGUGCCACUGCAGGGUGACAGCACUGCCUGGGGCUUCCUGGGUGGGGUGGCCCCCACCUGCGCUGUGGCCUGGGGAGAUCCUGGACUUCUUGUUAGGGGCUGGCUUCUCUCAACGCCUAUUCUUUAGCUGCAUGCUUGUGGGGGUUGCCUAUCUCCUGGAGGGCAUGCACCUCCGUGCCUACUGCUGCCCGGUGAGUCCAGAGAAAGGCCAAGCCCGACUCCCAGCCAGAGGGGAUACUGCGCGGAAGACAGCGACAGACCACAUGCAGACAGACUUGGGACACGGCACAGGGCUGGCCACAGCUCCGUGGGGUCCACCUGGGUCAGAAAGUGAUGUGCCUCUUCCCAGUUCCCGGCGGCACAUCUAGGAGGGCGGUGGCAGCCAGGCCAUGAGGCCCCGCUCUGACCAAUGGGGUUGCUGGAGGGGGCCCUCGUAUUUGUAGCUCUAAGCCCCCUUAGCCUGGCUGUUUGAAGCAAGGGUGAUGGACCCGGCCGCUUGACUUGCCCGAGGUCCACUGAAGCCCAGGGGUUUGGGAGCUGAGGCGGCUCAGUUUCGUGGGCUGCCAGGGUACCCGCAAACGAAGGCCAUCAGAGGGGACGGCGAGCCCAGCCUCCGCCCAGGGUUUCAGGUGCCGCCGAAGGCCUGAGUUGGGUUAUUUUUACUACAAAAGAAAGUUAUUUAGUUUUAUAAAGACAAAUUUAUUGUAUCUGAGUGAUACGGUAUUUAAUAAAAGCCUGAAGUACAUG